GACAAGGUUCCUGGCGGUGAGGACAAAGUUACUGACGGUGAGGACAAGGUUCUUGGCGGUGAGGACAAGGUUCCUGGCAAUGAGGACGAGGUUCCUGGCGGUGAGGACAAGGUUCCUGGCGGUGAGGACAAGGUUCCUGGGGGUGGGGACAGGGUUCCUGGCGGUGAGGACAAGGUUCCUCGCGGUGAGGACCAGGUUCCUGGUGAUGAGGACAAGGUUCUGUCUGUGAGGACAAGGUUCGUGACGGUGAGGACCAGGUUCCUUGCGAUGAGAACAAGGUUCCUGGCGGUGAAGACAAGGUUCCUGGCGGUGAGGAGAAAGUUACUGACGGUGAGGACCAGGUUCCUGGCGAUGAGGACAAGGUUCCUGGCUGUGAGGACAAGGUUCCUGGUGGUGAGGACCAGGUUCCUGGCGAUGAGAACAAGGUUCCUGGCAGUGAGGACAAGGUUCCUGGCGGUGAGGACAAAGUUACUGACGGUGAGGACAAGGUUCUUGGCGGUGAGGACAAGGUUCCUGGCAAUGAGGACGAGGUUCCUGGCGGUGAGGACAAGGUUCCUGACGGUGAGGACCAGGUUCCUGGCGAUGAGAACAAGGUUCCUGGCAGUGAGGACAAGGUUCCUGGCGGUGAGGACAAAGUUACUGACGGUGAGGACUAG